AAUUAUACUUCAACCACCAGCCCAAUACAAAUAACCAAAAGUCCAAAACACAAAGUAAAGUAAUUGUUCCUUAUCUAUCUUCAUUAUCCUCUUCCUUCUCUCAUUUCUCUUCAACUUCCGAAGUUGCUCACUGCAGAAAGUGCCAUCAUGGCAGCAAUCUCACCCACAUUGUCUGUAAAAAGUAGUAGCUGCACUUAUUCAAGCAGUAAACGGAGCUUGUACAAUUCAAAAUCUGUAUCUUCGUCAUGUUCGGUCAUGGGUACUCCUAAGUUUCAGUCCUUGCGUCUGUCUUCGUCGUUUCUUUGCUCCCCCAAUCAGAUUAUCAAACUAAAAUCUGUCAGCCCUAGGUCUACACCACUUAGAAGAGCAAUUGGGGGUUUGGAGAUUAAGAUGAGUGUGGAGGCUGGGGUUGGUGUCAUGGGUACUAAGCUAGGAAUGAUGAGUUUUUUCGAGGAGGAUGGUACUGUAGUUCCUGUCACUGUUGUAGGGUUCAAGGAGGGAAACAUAGUUACUCAGGUGAAGACAGAGUCUACAGAUGGGUACAAUGCAGUGCAAGUGGGUUACGAGAGGGUUAGGGAUCGUAAGCUCACCAUGCCCGAGCUUGGGCACCUGAACAAGUCUGGUAUCAUUCCCAUGCGUCAUCUUCAGGAGUUUCGGCUUGUAUCUGUAGAUGACUUCACUCCUAGUCAGAAAAUAUUGUUUGAGGAUCUCUUCAAGGAAGGUGAUCUGGUGGAUGUUUCUGGUACAACCAUCGGGAAAGGGUUCCAAGGUGGAAUCAAAAGGCACAACUUCAAGAGAGGUCUUAUGACUCACGGAUCGAAAAGUCAUAGAGCCUUGGGAUCCAUUGGAGCUGGAACAACUCCAGGUCAUGUAUACAAAGGCAAGAAAAUGCCUGGAAGGAUGGGAGGAACAAAAACAAAGAUCCGCAAGCUGAAGAUCAUGAAGGUUGACACUGAUCUUCGUGUUGUCAUGAUCAAAGGGGCCUUACCUGGUAAACCAGGAAACCUCUUGCGGCUAGCACCAGCAAAGAUUGUCGGCAAAAACAUUCCAAAGAAUUAGACCAUGUAGAAGGUUAUUUCUUUUUAGUUAUGUUUUUUACGGCUGUAGAUCUUUUGCUGAUCUUAUGUUAAAACAAAGAGCAUGCUGUAAUUUUUGCUGUAUAUCUCAUGAGUCUUGUCUGUUGACAUUGGUUUAUUGUCAUUCCCGUUUUCUGUAUUUAUUGAUCUUCUUCAUUUAGCAAUAUCAGUUAAACACAUGAAAUUCGGAGAUUCAAACAAUUUCGAUGACAGUAAGAUAUUUUAAUGACACUACUUUUCUGA